GAAGCAGGACUCAGCCCACAGACCCCGCAGAUGGCAGAAACCCUUUUGAUGGAGAGCCCAUCUGCAGCCUGCUGGGAUCCCUCCUCUUCCCACUUGCUGCUCCCCACCCAGCGAUUUCCAACUCAGAGCAAACCUGUUUGCCAACCCUUAUGGUUGCACCCUGCCUGCCUGGCAUCCCUCUCUCAUUCUGCCUCAUUCUAGACAGGGUUAACAUCUCCUCUGCCUGUGCCAGGAACACCCAGCCGAGGAGGAGAGAGCCGGAGAGCGAGAAGUGGGAUUCUUCCUUUUCUUUUUCGGACUCGUCUCCCUCCCCAUCGCCGUAGAGACGGUCUCCGAGGCGAGCGAAGGUGUCAGAGCGCGGAGAGGCAGGGGAAGCAUCGCAGCAGUGCUUCAGAGAUGAAGAAGGUCCAGGAGCACCAUCUCCGGGAGCCCAUAAUUCCAGACCUGCUGAUGAGCCCCAGCGACCAAGGAGAUGGGGACCUGGAGAUGGAGUACCCAGCAGAGAGAGGGAACUGGACCGGGAAGCUGGAUUUCCUUCUCUCCUGUAUUGGCUACUGUGUGGGGUUGGGGAAUGUGUGGCGGUUUCCAUACAGAGCUUACACCAAUGGGGGAGGAGCUUUCCUUGUUCCUUACUUCAUCAUGCUGGCAAUAUGUGGUAUCCCCAUCUUCUUCAUGGAACUCUCACUAGGCCAGUUCUCCAGCCUGGGGCCACUUGCAGUCUGGAAGAUAAGCCCACUAUUUAAAGGUGUUGGGAUGGGCACGAUCCUGAUUGUCUCUCUGGUGGCCAUUUACUAUAACAUGAUCAUUGCUUACGUGCUCUUCUACCUCUUCGCAUCCCUGACAAGCAACUUGCCCUGGGAGCACUGCGGCAACUGGUGGAACACCGACCUCUGCUUGGAUCACCAGGUCGUCAAGGCAGGGAAUGCUGCCAUCCCAUUCAACAUCACUAACACCGUCAGCCCGAGCGAGGAGUACUGGAAUCGUUAUGUUCUGCAUAUCCAAGGGAGCUCUGGGAUCGGGGACCCUGGGCGAAUCCGCUGGAAUCUAUGCCUGUGUCUCCUGCUCUCCUGGGUCAUCGUGUACCUCUGUAUCCUCAAGGGAGUCAAAUCCUCCGGCAAGGUUGUGUAUAUCACUGCCACAUUCCCUUACUUCAUCCUGAUCAUGCUGCUCAUUCGUGGUGUGACACUGGAGGGGGCCUGGAUAGGAAUCAAGUUCUACCUCACACCCCAGUUUGAUCACCUGCUGUCUUCCAAGGUGUGGAUAGAGGCAGCUCUGCAGAUCUUCUACUCCCUUGGGGUGGGCUUCGGGGGACUGCUCACUUUUGCGUCUUAUAACACCUUCCACCAGAAUAUUUACAGGGAUACAUUUAUAGUCACCCUAGGCAAUGCCAUCACCAGCAUCCUGGCCGGGUUUGCCAUCUUUUCCGUCUUGGGCUACAUGUCGCAGGAGCUGGGCAUCCCGGUUAACCAAGUGGCAAAAGCAGGUCCCGGCUUGGCUUUCGUGGUGUACCCCCAGGCCAUGACAAUGCUUCCUCUUUCUCCACUCUGGUCUUUCCUUUUCUUCUUCAUGCUGCUGACCUUGGGCCUGGACAGCCAGUUUGCCUUCAUGGAGACCAUUGUUACUGCAGUGACAGAUGAGUUUCCUUAUUACCUGCGGCCCAAGAAGGCUUUUUUCUCAGCCAUCAUCUGUAUCGCCAUGUACCUGAUGGGGCUCAUUCUCACGACAGAGGGCGGGAUGUACUGGCUAGUCCUGCUGGAUGACUACAGUGCUGGGUUUGGACUCAUGGUGGUGGUGAUUACAACCUGCCUGGUGGUGACACGUGUCUAUGGCAUGAAGCGGUUCUGCCGGGAUAUUCACAUGAUGCUGGGCUUCCAACCAGGGCUGUACUUUAAAGCCUGCUGGAUGUUCCUGUCCCCGGCAAUGAUGAUGGCCCUGCUGGUGUACAAUAUAGUCAAGUACCAGCCCUCAGAGUAUGGGAGUUACCGUUUCCCAUACUGGGCUGAGGUCCUGGGCAUCCUGAUGGGGCUGUUCUCCUGCCUGAUGAUCCCCGCAGGGAUGGUGGUCGCGGUGCUCAGAGAAGAAGGGACGCUGUGGGAGAGAAUCCAGCAAGCCAGCCGGCCAGCCAUGGACUGGGGCCCUUCUCUGGAGGAGAACAGAACCGGCAUGUACGUGGCUACCCUGGCCGGUAGCCAGUCCCCCAAACCCUUGAUGGUCCACAUGAGGAAAUAUGGGGGAAUCACCAGCUAUGAGAACACAGCCAUCGAGGUGGACAGGGAGAUCGAGGAGGAAGAGGAGUCUAUGAUGUGAGGAGGCCACGAACCCGGUGGGGAGCAGAGAAUGGGGGACUGCACCCCUGAACUUGCUCAGUUGCACUUAGGCACUUCGGGCCAGUUAACAGGCCUUUCUAGAGGCAGCUGCGAGCUGCUGACCUUCCAGCAUCCCACAGGAUGCUCUGGCCUCUCCAGGAGAACGCUGCUGAGAAUUCCAGUGUUGCUGAGAUUUUUGUUCAGUGUGGCAAGCUGUGUAAUGAAUGUGUGUGUUAGCUCUCCAGUGUCUGGGACCAGCUGCCCGGACCCUACCCUGCUCCAGGCCCGCCCCACCCUGCCUGGGUGCCCUCUGCCCAGAGUUAUGACUCAUUGACCCCUGUGUAAAGACUGCGACAUGCACCCACUUUGCGCUCCUUUUGCACAGGCAUCAGUGAGCAAGGCAGUGGAGAACAAGGCUAGUAGUUGUUGGUGGUGUUUGUUGUUGCUAAGCCUGUUUAACUCCAAUGACGCACGGACGUUGUGGAGAAAGGAUGUCUUUGUUAACCCCACCCUGUCAGUGGAGUGCCUGUGUGUCCCACCCCUGCUGGGGUCCUCCAGCAACACCAGGUCCUCAUGGUGCCCGUGUGUCCUGCCCCUACUGGGAGCCUCCAGCAACACCAGGGAAGACCAGAGUGGCCAUUCCUGAUAAAUAAGUCUAGGGAAAAGAAACCCCAUGUUAUAAAACAAACCAACCCGCCCCUGGACAGGCCUUUCUGUGCACGACAGAGAAAGGUAAACCCUGGUCCUGGGAUGAAUCAGUCCUUUGCAGGUUGCUCUUAAGAGGUGCCGUUUGCACUCUGGGCCCCUGCUCACACAGCUGAAUUCAGAACCUCGGGGUGAGGCUGCGUCACGUUAACCCCUCCGUGGACUGCAGCUGAUGGUGGGGCAGAGCCUCUGGCUGUGGCUGUCCCUCCCCUAUUCCCGCCCAGGGUGGAGCAGAGUGGGGGCUGGGAGGGGGCGAUGUCUAAUCUCAGCAGUGCCCCCCCAGUCACACGCCCUGGGAGCAGAGUGCAGGCCGGGGGGCGGGGGGGGACACUUGACGUGUGUUUUUUCCACGUUUGCAAUGCGAAGGGGUCGGCCGACUCGCCGAGUGAAGGCUGCAGCAGGACCAGCCACGUGCUCUCUGGCACCGGUGGUCCAUUGUGCUGCAGGGCCUGUGCUGCGCUGACUAGCCCGUGAAUUAUGAAUGAGGAGCUAUUGGAAGUGUUACUAAAAUAACUUCACAGAAAGGAAUGGAAGAAACCUCUCUGCAUGGGCUCUUUGUAAGAUCCCACUCGCUGGGCACAGAGACCCCAUGCUGAGGGGCUGCCUCCAGAGUCUUCUCCAGGCAGGGACAGAAAUCCAGUCUCACUUCUUCUCCUCCAGUGCCAGAGUCCACUCAAGGGGGGCAGGGAUCACCUUCCCUUGUAGUCCCUGUUAUUGAAGUUUGGGGGGAGGGUGCCCCUUAUCUCACAUGGUAAUAGGAAAAUCCUGGACUGGCAGUCAUUGCUUGCAUGACAUGGAGUAAAGUUCCAGGAAUGUACUGACUUGUCAAAGUCUCUAGGAAGUCCUCUCCCCACAUGGCCUGUUACAAUUUCUACACCAGGAUGACCAGAUAGCAAGUGUGAAAAAUCGGGAUGGGGGUGGAGGGUGACAGGCACCUACAUAAAACAAAGCCCCGAAUAUCGGGACUGUCCCUAUAAAAUCAGGUCUUCUGCUCACCCUAUGCUACACACAGUUCUCCACACCUUCCUCCCCCAGCAGUCUGAGGGUAUGUCUACCUGUGCACUGUGGGUACAUCUACACAGCAAAAAUCAAUCAAUCAGUCUGUGGCAGCGAGUCUCCGAGCUCAAAAGAGCAGUGUAGACUUUCGGGUUCGGGCUGAAGCCUGGGAUAUGAGACCCUCACCUGCUGCCAGGUUUCACAGCCCAGGUUCCAGCCCAAGCCUGAGCAUCUACACUGCUAUGUUUAGCCCACAGCUUGAACCCUGCAUCAGUUGACCUAGGCUCUUUGCUGUGUAGACAUAACCUAAGGCUGGGCUCUGACUCAGGUUUGAGCCCAAGUCCCACUUCUGUCCACACACAAAUCAGUCUGACCUGGAUCCUAGAACCCUGCAAGGGGAGUGGGUCAGAGUCUGCGAUCUGCUGUGACGUGGGUCCAAGCCCUGGCAAUUUGCAGCGUGGCUGCAGGUCAAGCCGCAGACCCAAGUCAGAAGGUCUGCGUAGUGCAGCAUGGAAGCAUUUGCAUGGCUGUGAGACCCGAGUCCAGCAGCUGUGAACCCAGGUUUACAAUGCAGUGUGGACGCUCAAGUGCAGGCUUGGAAACACUGAGUCCACAAGCCCAGGUCCACGGUGCAGUGCGGGGAUAUCCGCACUCGAGCUGGGGCUGCAAUCCCAUGUCAGCGCAAUCAGAGCUUGUGCCCUAAAAACAGCAAUGAGCUGCGGUGGGAGGGGGUAGCUGCCCCCCAGUAGGUGCCGAGGGCCUCCCCCGGGUUUGUACUUGAGGCUGCUAGGCCUUCCCGCUGCUGCGGGUACGUAAUGCUGUGAGCGCACUAGCUUGAUCAGAGCCAGCGUGGGUACGUCUCUCUGCGCCAGACUUCGCCCGUCCUGCUCCAGCGUAGCCAGGGCGUCAAUGAUUCUGGGUCAUGUGAUUUCCAACUUUGAAAGCCCGCCCCGCAGGGUCCUGGCAGCUGCUGUGCGUUUGUGCGUCUGUGCGUCAGCAGCUCAGCUCCUGCCGGUGCUGUUGUGUUUGGAGGGUGCAGGGCAUCCUCUUUUAAGGAGCAGCAGUUCAAUACCUAAGCUGCCCCCGUGGUGGUUUGUAAUGUACCCCGUGUUCGCCUGCUGUGAUGUGUGUUCUCAAGUGUGCGUGUGUCGUUGGUGUAACAUUGCAAACAAAUGAAGAUCCACCCUUCUGUGCGUGCUGUUUUCACUGCA